AUGCGUUCCAUCACUUUCUUCACCGCCGUCCUGGUUGGUUGUGCCGUCGGCGUUCUUGGCUGCGACCAGUGCCCCUCCUCCUCCAGCGGCCAAGACCACCGUCAAUACCAGGGCCAGCACCUCCACGGCGCCGCACUAGCCAUCGACCCCCAGCAGCAGUAUUUAGAUCCCCAGCAGCAGUAUUUUGAGCCCCAGCAGCAGUAUCCGAGCAAUGUUCAAGGCUACUACAUCUCCGACGAGAUCGAGCACCUGACCGCGCCGCACGACGAAGACGGCGCGAUAAUUCGCGAGGAAGCGGUGGACGCGCUGCCACAGUCUGCGACCAGCGCGCUCUCGAGUCUCCUGGGCACGUCCGCGUCGAUCCCUACAGGCGUGCUGAGCCUGGUCCCCACCGACGCGGCGCAGCGCAGCGCGUUCCUGAUUAAUCUCGAGAGUGCGCUGCCGACGGCCGCGAGCGAGAGGGCUAGUCUCAUCAGUGAGGUGCUGAAGGCGACCGAUAAGGCGGGUGUCGAGAGCGUCCUUGGCGAUGUGUUGGCGAGUGCGACGGGAACGGGCGAAGACGCGAAGGCGACGGGCGAGUCGAACAAUGAGGGUGGUGAUGAUGAUGCAAGCG